AUGGUUUUUUUAGGAUGGCUUAACACUGGUAGUAUGAAUAGUGCACGAACUAUUCACACACAAUCUAUAUUACUAAAUGGAAAAGUGUUAGUUACUGGUGGAUAUGAUGGCAAUUAUAUUGUAAAUAGUGCUGAGUUGUAUGAUCCAUCAAGAAGAAGUUGGACAAUGACUGGUAGUAUGAAAUAUACACGACAAUCCCAUACAGCAUCCUCAUUAACAAAUGGAAAAAUAUUAGUUACUGGUGGAUAUAAUGGCAAAGCUCUAAAUAGUGCUGAGCUGUAUGAUCCAUCAACAGGAACUUGGACAAUGACUAGUAAUAUGAUUAAUGCACGAAUGGAUCAUACAGCAUCAGUAUUAAAAAUCGGAACAGUGUUAAUCACUGGUGGAUAUCAUUAUGGUCCUCUAAAUAGUUGUGAGUUGUAUGAUCCAUCAACAGGAACGUGGACAACGAUCAAUAGUAUGAAUCAUCCACGAUUUUGGCACACAGCAUCCGUAUUGCAAAAUGGAACAGUUUUAGUUACUGGUGGAAACAAUAAUAGUGCUUCUCUAAAUAGUGCUGAGUUGUAUGAUCCAUCAACAGGAACUUGGACAACGGUUGGUAGUAUGAAUAAUACUCGAUAUUCACAUACAGCAUCUGUAUUAUUAAAUGGACAAGUGUUAGUUAAUGGUGGACACAAUGGUACCUUUUCUGUAAAUAGUGCUGAGUUGUAUGAUCCAUCAACAAAAACUUGGAAAGCGACUGGUAGUAUGAUUAAUGCACGAGCUUUUCACAAAGCAUCCGUAUUAACAAAUGGAAUAGUGAUAGUUACUGGUGGAUUUGCUGGUAGUUGUUAUUUGAAUAGUGCUGAACUUUAUAAACCAUCAACAGGAACUUGGACAACUGCUGGUAGUAUGAAUAAUGCACGAUAUCGCCAUGAAUUAUCAGUCUUAAAUGGAAACGUGUUAGUUACUGGUGGCUUAAGGAGCGAUUUAGCUGGUGAUGCAUCAAUAAAUGUUGUUUUGAAUAAUGUUGAAUCAUAUUCAUUAUCUUAA